AUGGCUGACGACGAGGUUGAACAACAGCUUGCAGAGCGAGGCCGAGGUGCUCGGCCGAAAACACCGCGGCAACGUAAAGAUUCCGCUGACAAAGCCGGACCUUCGAAAUCAGAAAAGCGCCCCGUGCCCCCGCCCCCACCAGCGCCUUCACCGCCGAAACAACAGCCAGUUCGUCGCUUGUGCAGCAAGGCAUCGCAGACUAUUCCAGUGGUAUGUGAUGAGCAUUUUCCGCCUUUAAAAGCCACCGUUUCAGGGAGCCCUCAGUGUUCAUGCGACACAUACAAGGACCCGACGGCGCCGGAUGCCGCGAGUACAGCGGAUGGGCAAGCCACUGGUGGUACAUCUGGGUCCACUGAAGGCUCACCGGUUCAGGUACCGGCACCUACCGGUAGCUCUGACACCAGACCAAGCGAGGCUCCCGCGCAUCCGGCCGUCGAAACCCUGAAGCUGCAGGACUUCAAACGCGUCGCGGCCGCAGUCGACUCGGGCCCAGCGCCCAGCGGAAGCCGGACGGCUAUGCAAGCUGUCCGACACAUGCUCGCCCGCCGUGAGGCGGCGUCUCAGUCUGCUGAUUCAACCUCGCUCGGGGACGAGCCUCGUUCGUCUGCGGCCGCCGCUGGUGGCUCGUCUGGCGCGCGCCAGGGGCUCGAGCUUCCGAUUGCGCUAGACAUGCGGAACUACGCACCGGACCCGACUGACGAUGACUCGCCGGGAUCACCGUCUGCCUGUAAAUGCAAUUGCUUCAAACUUCACAGGGACCAUGAAAUCGAGUCAGAGCUCGUUGUAAACCCGCGGAAGGGUCCACCACCUCCGCCUCUAGUGCUGCUCGACUCGCCUACCGACCCACGCCUGAACCGCCGCAGAGAGGCUUUGCGGCAGAAGCAUUUGGAAGAGCUGGCGAACAUGCAACCAAUCAGACACAUGUGGCACAGGGCAGUCAACACUCUACUGUCCAGUAUCCGUGCACAAAUGCACCAACCGCCACCUCUGUCACGGCAAAUUCCGUCGCCUGUACCGCCGUCACCGCAGAAGCAAGUGGAGCCCCGGGAAGGUCCAGACAAGGCAGAACACAAGACUGACAAGGAGCCCCCCGAGACUCGCCGCGAAGACGAAGCCAUGGAGUAA